AUGUAUGAUGUGGUCUAAGCACUUUCCCACCGAGUCCACUAAGCCUGAGCUUGGACUCUGGAAGUGGGGUUUUCUCUUCGUCGAUUUCUCGCAAAAUCUUCCCACCCUCGUCGGAGGCUGCUACUGCUGCUUCAGUACGACGAGGGCGCCGGCGUUAUCAGCGGCUGCAAAUCAUUCGGCUCUAUUCAUUAAAGAGGUUUAAACAUGUGUUCUUUUCAAUGAAAAUCUUCGACGAAGCUGAGCUAGUUUUGGAGCGAGCAUGAACAGGUGACAUUCUCUUGCCGCUAUUGGAAUUCGCGAUCCACCUCGUUUGAGUAUUGAUUUUUGUUAAGAGGGAUGGCUGGGUCGAUCUCCAAAAGGCUUUUACGUUCUUUUGGAUCCUUAUAUGUGUGUGGUCGCUGCGAUUCUUCAAGGAUUUUAUCUCAUUCUUCUCGUGCUUCUGAUGCUGGUCGUGGCCAUAUUUAUGCGGAUGGUUUAUGUUCUGUGGAGUCUUCUAAUUUGGCGAAGGUUGGUUCAUCUUUUUUUGGUUAUCGAGGGCUUUCAACUACCAUCCUAACACCUGAAUCAAGUGGAGCCGCAUUUCCAUCAGAUUUAUUGUCCAAAAAGACUAUGCUUACUCCUGAGCGUUCUCCAGGAUUUUACCAGGACCUUAUAAUCCCAGUGACAAAUUUUCACAAUGAAGACAAAGGCUUCAUAGUUUUGGCUGGUGAUGUUUUUGAUGUACCGAUUAGGAAGGAUAUUGUUCACCGUGUUGUAAGAUGGCAGCUUGCAAAACGACAGCAGGGAACACAUUCAACAAAAACUAUUAGUGAGGUUAGUGGGACUGGUAAAAAGCCAUGGCCACAAAAGGGCACAGGUCGGGCAAGGCAUGGAACACUGCGUGGGCCUCAGUUUAGGCAUGGUGCUACCAUGCAUGGUCCUAAGCCACGAAGUCAUGCUAUCAAACUGCAAAAGAAGGUUCGCCGUCUAGGGCUGAAGAUUGCGCUGUCAGCUCGUGUAGCGGAAGGGAAGCUUUUGGUUUUUGAGGAUUUGGAGGUUCCCACCCAUAAGACCAAAAACAUUGUGAAUUAUGUCGAGCAAAUGGAGAGUGUCAAGAAACUUCUGCUGGUGGAUGGGGGUCCAAUCAAUGAGAAAGUGAAACUGGCUACCCAGAAUUUACAUUAUGUCAAUGUACUACCUUCAAUUGGUUUGAAUGUGUAUAGCAUCCUGCUGCACGACACAUUAGUGAUGUCUCGUGGUGCUGUAAAUGCGAUCGUUGAACGGAUGCAUACUCCAAUCAACCGUUGAAGCAAUGUCUACAAGCAUUAUGAUUCACAAUUGCAAAAGAUCAGAUAAACAAUUCUUAAUUUUCCUGUUUUGAGGUAGAGAUAAAAAAAUCUGUGCAUGUACAUUUUGGAGCAUGUAAUUGCUGGACACUUGGGUUGAUUCUCCAUCCGUUUGUCCUGUACUUGCCACCUGGAAAUUUUGUAGUAGAAUAUCAUUUAUUGGACAUGUAAUCAUAGAAGAUUUGUUCUUGCUUUUCUAUGAUAAUAUUUGACAUGGUAAUUUAAGAGGAGCUAAAGUUUUGGUC